UGGGCGGUACUUCCUCUGUGUAUUACGUAUCUGUGGGCAGCAGACGAGCUUUUUUGUAACAAGUUGUUUAACUUGCUUUUCUGGUGCUGGUUUGCUGAACAGAGCAGUACAGCGAUAUUAAAGCAAUGGAGGUCAUCACCGCUACAAGGUCAUUUUUGCUAGAGUACCCUAAAACUAUUGCUGUGGUCACACUUACAGGAGUGGGUUUGUUUGGAUUUAAGAAAUGGAUGACCGGUGGUGUGUGUCGCAGCAAGGCCCGCUUAGAUGGAAAGACUGUCCUGAUCACCGGAGCCAACACAGGAAUCGGCAAAGAGACCGCCGUUGAUCUGGCCAGAAGAGGUGCGAGGGUAAUCCUGGCCUGCCGAGACAUGGACAGAGCUAACAACGCCGCAGAGUAUGUUAAAAAGAAGAGUGGAAAUGACAACGUUGUUGUCAAAAAGUUGGACUUGGCUUCCCUGCAGUCGGUGCGUCUGCUUGCAAAAGACGUUUCAGCAAGUGAAAAGCGUCUGGAUGUUCUCAUCAAUAAUGCAGGGGUUAUGUGCUGCCCACAAUGGAAAACUGAAGAUGGGUUUGAUAUGCAGUUUGGUGUGAAUCAUCUUGGCCAUUUCCUUCUGACAAACUGCCUCUUGGAUCUCCUAAAGCAGUCAGCACCAAGCCGCAUUGUCAAUGUUUCCAGUUUAGCACAUGAAAGAGGUCAAAUCAACUUUGAUGAUAUAAAUCAAGAGAAAAACUAUAAUCCUUGGAGAAGCUACUCUCAGAGUAAACUCGCCAAUAUCCUCUUUACAAGGGAGCUGAGUAAAAGGUUACAAGGUACUGGAGUAACAACGUACAGCCUCCACCCUGGAGUUAUUCGCACUGAGCUCGCCCGACACUUCAUGCCCACCAUACCCCUGUGGAAGAAAGUGUUAUACAAACCAUUCAGCUUCUUCAUUAAGAAUCCCACAGAGGGCGCACAAACCACUAUCUACUGUGCAGUGGAGAAAAGCCUGGAAAAUGAGAGUGGAUUGUACUACAGCGACUGUGCCCGUAAAGCUACCGCCCCUCAGGGACGUGAUGAUGAAGCUGCCAAGAAGCUGUGGGAUCUGAGCGCCUCCAUGGUGGGUCUGACACAGUCCGAGUGACGCACGUGACGGUGGCGAUGGCUGUCGUCGUCUUCACGGCACCAAACGCAUCGCAAAGCCACCCCAAUUAUGAACCGGCAGUCUUUCUGACGAGCAACAGCGUGACUUUUUUCAAAUAAAGUUGGCAAGCAAAACACAGUAAUUCACGUUUGAUAGACAUUUAUUUAGAAUGUACAACAAACUACUUGCAAAAAUACUAUCUAUUCAGCUAUGUUGUUUUCUCUGUUUAAAAAGUAGCACUGCUUCACAGAUAAGUUACAUGGAAGCUGCACGAUCCUUAAAUUGUCAUUAAAUGACAUUUCACCAGUGUCUGCGUGGACUGGGAGCUUAUAUAUUAUCCACUUUUACAUGGAAAAAAAACAUUUAAGACAUGAGCUUUCAUUAGACUAUUUUUUAACACUGCUAACAUUGACAUUUUUUAUGAGCAUUAAAAUGUUGUCAAACAUCAUAGCCUACUGUCUUGCCUAUGAGGCAUAAUGUUGAUUAAUAUGUUCACUCAUUCUUUGUCUUUAUUUAGUUUUACGUCAAAUGAAUAAUGUAGACAUUGCUAAAGGGUAGUCCAAUAUUUUUGAAGUGAGAUUCUGCUGAGAAGUAAAUAUUUUUACUACACCUUUAUAAAGUCAAAAUUCAUCCUAAGUCAACUAAGCCGAGAUUCAUAAUGUCACAAACAACUCCAAUCUCAAAAAUAUUAUGAGAGUUUAUGAAAACUCUAUUUAAUAACCCUUAAUCUGUCACCAUGUUUGUAAUGAAAUGAUAUUUACAGAGAAGUCAAUGAUUAUUUACAAGGAAAAUGAAGGCAGUAUAUGUGGUGUGGUGCGCCACCAAUGACCCUCCAGUGUGAAACACAUGCUAAAAAUAUAGGAAUUAAUAGGUUCCGGUCAGAGUAACUCUAAUGAAGAGAGGGAAUAAAAACCUUUUAAGAUAUAUUUUUUUUUUUAACUAGACAUCUUGUUUCCAUAUGAAAAGAGCUGAGUGGUAGAAAACUAACAAACAUCACCCUGAACACACUGCUCUACAUUACGAUUUUAAUAAAUUUUUUUAUAAUACAAUUGUUUAAUUUUAAUCGUAGGUUUUUAUCACAAUUUUUUUUUUACUCAAGAGUUUUGCAAUAUAUCCACAAUGGCUGGAAAUUCUUCAUGUUAGCCGUAAGUGUUUCACACAGGAAGAUAAUUUGUGGCACACAACCUCCAGCUUUGAUUUAUUAUUAUUAUUAUUAUUAUUAUUGUUAUUAUUUAUAAAUUAACAUUAGCAUGUUUGUAAAUAACUGCCCAAUGCAAACUUAAUGACAGCUUAAAAGUUGCUAAGAUGUCACUGGCAUAAAAUUGCCAUGACAUUCUAUCGAUUUGAGUUCUUUUAUGACACCUGCUUUGAUCUAGGCUUCUCUUGAGAUUAUUCACCCUCAGGAAUCUAAUAAUCUGGAUUUGUAUUUAAUAAAGAUGAAUAGAAUUAUCAACCUUCAGGUAAGAAAAUAAUUGCUAUCCCUUUAACAGAAUAUCACUUCAAAAUUUCAAUAGGACUAUCCUUAUAAGUUCAUGAACAUAAAUGAAUUGCCUUCAUAUAAUAAAUAUAUCUGUUCA